UUAAAAAAAAAAAACAAGAAAAAUAAAACGAAAAAAGGGAAAUCUGCAGAACAUUCUUCGUCUCGCCCUCGCUUUUCAAGCCCCGAAGAUUGUGUUUCCUUUCGAAUUUUGAAAAUUCCGAAGAAUUCUCAAUACUCUGUUUCCGUUUCUGAUCAUCGAGGCUGAUCUCUGCUUCCUGCACCACUGUUUCUGAUCGCAAAGGUGAAAUUUUUCCGCAUCAACGUGGAAUUGGGCAUGCUAUGCUUCAUCAUGGUAGAAUCACAGAACUGGGUUUUCUUUUUCUACCCAGAUAAGUAAAAGGGUUUCUUCUUUCUCUUUUUUUCUGACAAGGAACGACAUCGUAUCAGUUAUUGGAGAAGUCCACAAACAACAUUUGUGUCUGGUCGGUUCUGAACCCAAUUGCGUGUUUCUUAUUAUCGUGUUGUGAUUGUGAAGUUAUCAGAAUUUAGGGAUCCCUUUAUUAUUUUUUUGAUUUUUUUUUUUCAGAUUAGAAGAAAAGUUUAAAGGGGUAAGGGUUGUUGUGUGUAUUCGUUUGAUGAAUUAUGUUCAAACAGAUAUUUAGUAAACUCCCUCGAAAAUCAUCGAAAGGUUCUGAACAUGGUGGUAGUGGAAGAAACCAUCACGGUGUUACAACUUCUAGGGGUAGUGAUUCUGUUAGUGUUACCUCAGGUGGCACCAAACCCGGGAAUUCUUCUUCCGCGGGGCAUAAUCAUGGUCACAGAGUUCCAUUACCGGUGGUUGUGAAUGAGAACAACAACCCCAGCAAUGGGAAUUUUGGUUCCUAUGAAGCAUUGCCUGCUUUCAGGGAUGUUCCCUCUUCUGAGAAGCCAACCUUGUUCAUCAAGAAGCUUAGGAUGUGUUGUGUGGUGUUUGACUUCACUGACCCCACCAAGCACCUCAAGGAGAAGGAGAUUAAAAGACAGACCUUGGUGGAACUUGUGGAUUAUGUGACCUCUGCGAAUGCCAAGUUCGCAGAGAAUUUGAUGCAGGAGGUUGUGAAAAUGGUUUCUGCCAACAUAUUCAGAACGCUUAGUCCUCAGCCGCGCGAGAACAAGAUUGUCGAUGGCGUUGAUGUGGAGGAAGAGGAGCCUUCGAUGGACCCUGCUUGGCCUCAUUUGCAGAUUGUGUAUGAGCUUUUUCUGAGGUUCGUGGCAUCGCCGGAGCUGGAUGCUAAGUUGGCCAAGAGAUACAUUGAUCAGUCCUUCAUUUUGAAGCUGCUGGAUUUGUUUGACUCCGAGGAUCCCAGAGAGAGGGAGUACUUGAAGAUGACGCUGCAUCGCAUAUAUGGCAAAUUCAUGGCGCAUCGCCCUUUCAUUAGGAAAGCCAUCAACAAUGUGUUUUUUAAUUUCAUUUUUGAGACUGAGAAGCACAAUGGGAUUGCUGAGUUCUUGGAAAUUCUUGGGAGCAUCAUCAAUGGUUUUGCACUGCCGCUGAAGGAAGAACAUAAACUGUUUCUUGUUCGCAUACUGAUUCCGCUGCACAAGCCAAAGUGCUUGGCAAUGUAUCAUCAGCAGUUGUCUUACUGCAUUACCCAAUUUGUGGAGAAAGACUGCAAGCUUGCUGAUACAAUCAUUAGGGGAUUGUUGAAGUACUGGCCAAUAACAAAUAGUUCAAAGGAAGUUAUGUUCCUGGGUGAAUUGGAAGAAGUCUUGGAAGCAACUCAACCCCCAGAAUUCCAGCGUUGUAUGGUGCCAUUGUUUCGUCGCAUUGCCCGUUGUUUGAGCAGCCCUCAUUUUCAGGUGGCAGAAAGAGCCUUGUUCUUGUGGAACAAUGAUCACAUCAUGAACUUAAUCAAACAAAACCGAAAAGUGAUACUGCCCAUCAUCUUCCCUGCAUUGGAGAGAAAUGCUAGAAGUCAUUGGAACCAAGCUGUGCAUAGUUUGACUUUAAAUGUGAGGAAGAUUUUUAAUGAUGUUGACGCCGAUCUAUCUAAAGAAUGCUUACAAAAGUUUGAGGAAGACGAGUCAAAGCAAAGUGAAGUGUUAGCAGGGCGUGAAGCCACAUGGAAUCGCUUAGAGGAACUUGCUACAAAGAAAGCUGCAAGUGGCGAAGCAGUGCUUAUUGGUAAAGCACAAACUCGCAACUCUGCAGGUUAGAUAGAACUGGAAUAUAUGUAUUCUGCUCCAAUAGCUUCAUUUUUUCAAAGAAAGAUUUUUAUAGUAUUUUUUUUUUGCAUGUGAUCAUGGGUUGGCCAAGAGGGGCUAUUUCUUGAAUACUUUCUUAUUCACUUCUUAUAGGAAUUGAAGGCUAUGAUUAGUAGCUAAUAUCUCAUGCAAGGCAACAUCAAAAUCUUCAUUAGUAUAUAGCUUAUACUUUUGUUCCCAAAGUUGCCUCAAAGGGCACUUUCGUUUUCAAUGAUUUUUCAAUGAACACUUCGUUUCAAGAUUA